CCAUGGCCCAUCCACUGCGUAGCUCAACCUCAAGGAGAGUAAUGAUAUCCCCACAUCAUCUUAUCAUGACCAUCCAUUUGGAUUAUGUUCUCUCCCUCUCUGGCUAGUUCAUUGCCAAGUUAACGAGCAUGUGUUUCCCUUGUACCUCAUAAUUUUCUUCAUGUAAUUUGCACUGUUUAUUCUCCUUCUCAAUCUAACCGUGAGCCCUUUACCAUCUCUAAAACACCAUCCCUUACCCUUUUGGCAUAACUUGAAGGAAUUGGGAAAAUGUCCCUUUGUUAUUCUUCCAAUUUGAUCACACUCCACUCAGCUAAGCAUCAAAGGCUUUCCUUAAGUUUCUCUUCAGAGUCUUCUCAAUUCAUCAAGCUAUUCAGGGUAAGCUCAACUCCUUAUGAACCCAUUAAGUUUAGCAGGGAAAGAUUGAAACUUUAUGCCUCUCUGCCACCAUCUCAAGUUGUUGAGACCACCCCAUCUACAUAUAGAAACAAGAACCCAAAAGAUGUUAACGUCUUGGUGGUGGGUUCAACUGGGUAUAUUGGAAAAUUUGUGGUGAAAGAGUUGGUUAAAAGAGGUUUUAACGUUAUAGCCAUUGCUAGAGAGAGGAGUGGAAUUAAGGGCAGCAAUGAUAAGGAUGAAACCUUGGCUCAGUUAAGAGGGGCCAAUGUGUGCUUCUCAGAUGUGACUAAUUUGGAUACUUUUGAGGAAUCUUUGAACAGCUUAGGGGUUUCAUUUGAUGUUGUAGUGUCAUGUCUUGCUAGUAGAAAUGGAGGGGUGAAGGACUCAUGGAAGAUUGAUUAUGAGGCAACAAAGAAUAGCCUUCUUGCUGGUAGGAAGCUUGGGGCUUCUCAUUUUGUGUUGCUUUCAGCAAUAUGUGUGCAGAAGCCCCUUCUUGAGUUUCAACGUGCCAAGCUGAAAUUUGAGGCUGAGCUGAUGAAGGAAGCUGAAGAGGAUGAUGGCUUCACUUAUAGCAUAGUGAGACCAACUGCUUUUUUUAAGAGUUUGGGUGGUCAGGUUGAGUUUGUGAAGGAUGGGAAGCCAUACGUAAUGUUUGGGGAUGGAAAGUUGUGUGCUUGUAAGCCUAUGAGUGAGCCAGAUUUGGCUUCUUUUAUUGCGGAUUGUGUGCUAAGUGAGGACAAAAUUAAUAGGGUCUUACCAAUUGGAGGGCCAGGGAAGGCAUUGACACCAUUGGAACAAGGGGAAAUGUUGUUUAAACUUUUGGGGAAGGAGCCUAAGUUCUUGAAAGUUCCAAUAGGGAUAAUGGAUUUUGCCAUUGGGGUUCUUGACUUUCUGGUUAAGAUCUUUCCUUCACUGGAAGAUGCUGCUGAGUUUGGGAAAAUUGGAAGGUACUAUGCAGCUGAAAGUAUGUUGCUUUUGGACCCCGAGACUGGAGAGUAUAGUGCUGAGAAGACACCUAGCUAUGGGAAUGAUACAUUGGAAGAGUUUUUUGCAAUGGUUCUCAGGGAGGGGAUGGCUGGUCAGGAAUUAGGUGAGCAAACAAUAUUUUAACAUGGUUGUGGUUAAAUAAGCAUGAACCCAAUAGGUCAUAUAAUAGAGCAACCAGUUUUGUUUCUGUAAAUGCAUGUAUUCAGCCAGAGUCACUGUAAUAUUUACAAGUUCUAGCAUUGUUGAAAGAUAUUCAAGUCUCUGGAAAUGCCUUUUUGAAGAUUCAUUCUUCAAUUGCAUUACAGCACUACCAUUCCCCUGUUAAUAAAUUGCUUAUUGCUACCGGCAGUUAAGUUUGAUGUCCUAAAACCAAGUUCAGAUUUGUUCUGGGAAAAGAACGGGAUGAGUGUAUAGAAAUGUAAUG